AUUCAUGUUUAAAAACACAUCCUCCAUCUCCGCUUUCAAAAGUCGCGUUUACUCACUCAGACCUAAAUCAUAAUAGGUCUAAGAGUGAGACUCUUCCUCAGGAUUUGUCGACUUUUGUUGAUGAUGAUGAUUUGAAAAGGCGCAAAAAAUUGUGGAAUGUCAUAAAAGAGUUGAUAGAAACUGAAAAAGCUUUCUUACAAGAUAUGAGGCU